AUGGACUCUUGUUGGCUAGUAGGUGGUGAUUUCAAUUGCAUUGCUCAAUCUGUUGAGAAGAUUGGUGGGAGAUCCCCCAAUUUAGCUAAAAUGAACCUUUUCUUUGAUGACAUUACACAGGUUGUUCUUUUUGAUAUUGGCUUCAAUGGGACAGAGUUCACUUGGAAAAGAGGAGAAAUUUGUGAAAGACUUGACAGGAUUUUGGUUAAUGACUUAUGGUGUCAAUACUUUCUGUACACUUUUGUUACCCACCUAAGUCUUGUAGGCUCUGAUCACAUACCUCUUCUAAUAUCCAUUACUGCUUCAGAGCUUUACAAUUCUCCCCCUCCUUUUAGAUACCUCAACAUGUGGUCUGACCACCCCUCCAUUCUUAAUACUGUGGCUGAAGCUUGGCACACUACAUUGAGGUUAGAUCUCUGGUCCAAACUUGUAUAUCUACCUGUUAAGGUUAGUAAAGCUCUGAAAGCUUGGGGUUGCAGUUGCUUUGCUAAAGUUUUUAAAGCUGUGGAUGUUGCUGAAAAGGAGGAUCUGGAGCUGAAGAAUUUUUGUCUGGUAGAUGGUGGGGAGGAUAACUUGUUAUUGGAUGCUCAAGAGAAAUUACUUAUUGUCAUUGAUAGACAAGAGAAAUUGCUUAUGCAAAAAGCUUCCAUUAAACAUUUAAAAGAUGGGGACAGGAACACCACGUUCUACCAUGCCUGCAUCAAAUAUAGGAGACAAUGCAAUACCAUUCAUACCAUUCAGAACUCUGAAGGAACUUACCGUUUUAAUAAUGCUUCUAUUGCCCUUGAUGCUGUAACACAUUUCUAG